AGGCCUUUUGGACGUCCUUGGACUUUGUCCUGUGGAGAAACAGCGCGCCUAGGUGCCCUCGGGCCCUAUCGGUUGAAUUAUCAUCGCCUUGGAAACACGGGGGGCGGGGGGUGGAGAGCCUUGUCUUGAGUGUUGGCCCUGGCUGCUGGCUGGCAAGAUACCUUCUGUGAUGCAAGGGGCAAAGCAAUGCUGAGUGAAAAUACCUCUCUUCACCUGAGAAAGAAAUGUGUGUCUUCUCUGCCAUGCUCUAACAUAGUUACUCAUGAAGAUGAAAAGGCCAAGUGGUUUUUUAAAAGGUACUUUCAAGCAUGUCGUGGUAAUGGUAAUUGGUCUUUGUUUCAUUUACAUCAUCAAGUUAAGCUUUGAUUCAGAGGACUGUGACAUGACAAGGAUUCAUUACGUGAAGACAGCACAUGUGAAGAAAACACAGAAGUUCGCUGAGAAAGUUCUACAAGCCCCGUGUCGACCAUCUUUUGUGAAGAAAGAAAUGAGCAGGUUAUUUGGAGAGAAGUACAAUAUCAAUACAUCUUCUUUUAUAAGAAAAGAUAUAAAUGCACAUGAAGAUAUCUUCAAAUAUGAGCCACCCUUUGGAUUUCACAAGUUUUCAGAAAAACUCAAAGACCUUUUGGAACUUUUGCCUGAGUACGAUUUACCAGAAGGCUUGCAGUCAAAGCACUGUAAGCAUUGUGUUGUUGUUGGGAAUGGUGGAGUGCUUCAUGGACUGGAACUGGGAUAUGUCUUGAAUCAGUUUGAUAUUGUUAUAAGAUUAAAUAGUGCACCAGUUCAGGGAUAUACAGAUGAUGUUGGUAAUAAAACCACUAUAAGAAUGACCUAUCCAGAAGGUGCUCCCUUAUCUCAACAUGAAUAUUAUCCAGACGGUUUGUUUGUUGCAGUUCUAUUUAAAAGUGUUGAUUUUGGCUGGAUUCAAGCAGUGGUUAAAAAUGAAACGUUGCCACUGUGGAUGCGACUAUUCUUUUGGAAGCAGGUGGCUGAGAAAAUACCUGUGAUGCCUAAACAGUUUCGCAUCUUGAAUCCAGCAAUCAUUAAAGAGACUGCUUUGGAUAUUCUGGAAUACCCGGAACCUCGGCCAAAGUUUUGGGGAUGGGAUAAGAACAUACCCACUAUUGGAGUGACGGCAAUUGUCCUGGCUACGCAUUUAUGUGAUGAAGUGAGUUUAGCUGGAUUUGGAUACGAUCUUAGUCAACCCAACACACCAUUGCAUUAUUAUGAUAAUCUUUGCAUGGCUGCAAUGAAUGAACAGACAAUGCACAAUGUGACUACAGAAACAAAAUUUCUUCAGAAGCUGAUCAAAGAGGGAGUUGUAAAAGAUCUCAGUGGAGGAAUAUUUUGCACCUAUUGCAAGAAGUCAAGCUAAUGGUUGAAACUGAGUCCAAACAUUGGAUUUUGCAUGCUCCUCCUUUCUGGAGGAGACCCUCUCAGUGUUUCCAUCAUGCAGACUACCCUAAAGAACCAUUUAUCUCCAUGUUGAUUAGCACAUUGAGUUGCCAGUAUUUAUGUACCAAAGUGGUACAUAUUUGCUUUCUACAAGAAGUGUGUAUGUAAAGGAAAUUUCAUUAAUAUAUAUAAGAUUUUUGGAGAAAUGUUCAUAAGUUAUUUUAAUUCUAAAGAUCAUUGUGCUUAGGUAUAUGUUACCUAAAGAAAGAAAGAAAAAAUAUCAUGUGGUUCUUCAUACUACUGUAAAUGUUUUUGGCUUGAAAAUAUUAAGAAUGUGUUACUUAUGUGACUCAUUUGUGGUAAAGAGUGUUGUCAAGGGCUUUCAUGGCCGGGAUCACAGGGUUUGUUGUAUGUCUUUCGGGCUGUGUGGCCAUGUUUCAGAAGUAUUCUCGUCAGGAGAGAAUACUUCUGGAACAUGGCCACACAGCCCGAAAGACAUACAACAACCCUGUGGGUAAAAAGUUUGCAUAUCUAGCUUUCCUCAAAACCUUACCUCUCACCUGUUUCAAGUUCAUUGCACAUGAACCUCUUCAGCACCAAAAGUAAAGGAUUGCAGAGCAGCUUUCCCCUGAUAUGGCCAGGAAGUGCAACAUCCAUUUCCGGUUCUGAGGUUGUUGCCUUUAAUAAUUGCUAGGUUUCAGGUAACAACACUGAAACAAAUAGAUUAAGGAUUAUGGUUGUGAGGUGUUACAAUAUAGCAUGCUACAUCUGUAAAGAAUGAAAUUAAUUUGCUUUAUUUCAUUAAGGAACCAAUCCUGUGGUUGCUAAACAACAUACAGUAAAACACACACACACACAUUGGAAAAUAUUUUUGAUAUCUUUCUCUGCAUUUGUUUUUUUUAAACACAUAUUUCAAAAUAUUUCUCUCCAAAAUGAAUGCAUUCUGAUUUGCAAAGAAUAUAACAACAACAAAGGAAAUGCAAGAGAGUCAUUCUUCUGGCUUUUAAAAAAUUCUGUAGAGCAUCUGAUGUAAGUCUUUUUUCCACUUUCCUCUUGUUAUAUACAUACAUUUUCUGUACCUUAUAUACUCAUGUAUAAGUUGAGGGCAGAUUUGGGGGCCAAAAUUAUGUAUUUUGAUAUAACCUGAGUAUAUGUUGAAGGUCAUUCCCGAGUAUAUGUUGAGGGUCAGUAGGGCCAGCCUUCACCAUCACUUCUGUUUUGCCACCCAGCCAGAAGCUACCUACUCAACAGUGUGGAGUGAGGGGGAUAAAUGUUUAUUUUAGGUUCUCCUGGAGUGGACUAGGCUCUUGCCUUUCUGCACUCUACUCAGAAAAAGGAUACAGGCAGUCCCUUGGUUAUGAACAAGAUAGGUUCUGAAGGUGAAUUUGUAUUUAAGUUGGAACAGUGAUAUGUAAGUCAGAUGCUUGUAACCUGGGACUUCCUGUAGUUCCUCUUUUAUGAGUUAAGGUAUAGGACUCACAUUGACUCAUGGAUAAAUUGAUCCAGUUUUUUUUUGGGGGGGGGGUUGAUUUUUUGACUAAAAUUUCUAGUCUUAUACCUGAAUAUAUAGGGUAAGUAUAGUCAAGAGAAAUAUAGAAGUUCCUGUUUAGAUACUCAAAAUAAUUAUGCAAGAUAGAGUUGCUUCCAAGUGCUGCAGGCUUCAUAAUGGGAAGAAAUAUUGUAGCAUAGGAUUUGCACACCUGGAAUACUGCUGUUCAAGAAUCCAGCCACUCAGCCUUAUCAUUCCCCAGGAUACUGUAUCAAUAGGGUGAUAUUCUAGCAGCUGGAAUGACAAAGGCCCAGAUUAAAUUACCGUGAAAUUAUAUGUGAGAACCAAAAACAAUUUUAGAUUUGUCUCUCCCAUUGUUCUGUAUUGCAAACUGCAAACAUGUUCAAACAGAAAGGGCUUUUAAAAUUAGUUUGUUAUAUGAUCUUGUUGUAAGAGUCAAAAAUUUGAGGUGACAAAUACAUACUCCUUGCAAGAGCCUAAGUGACUGUUUUGGCCAUAGCCAGACUAAUUGAAUUAAAGAAAGAUUUUUUUCUUACAACUUAGCCAAAAAUAUGAGGGCAACUGCAUAUAAUUUAUGCAUUUCUUUGUCUUAGUCAUAUAUAAAACAUAAGAGGCAUAGCCUAUUCUUUGCACAAAAUUGAGUAUGCAGCGGGAAGGAGAUGAAAGUCUCUACAAAUUGUGCUCUAGAGCAGUUCUCUAGGUACUGGAACUAGGAAGAUGAGAGAUGACUUCAAGCAGGGAAUACCAUAGCUGUCUUGUUAUGUCGAGUUGGCUUUCGAUAGCUGUAUCUUCAUGGGCAAUAGAUAAAUCAUUGUUUUUAAAAUAUGAGCAAAAUCAAAAUUUCUUCUCACUUCCUUAAUGUAUAUUACUAGCUGUGCCCGGCCACGUAUUGCUGUGGCUUAUGGAAAUCAUUUGUUGGCCAGGUGGAAUAGCGGUGAAUAGCCUUGCAGCCUCAAAGCCUGGCUGUUUUCUUCUUAUGGAAAUCCUUGUUUGGUGAGCUGGAAUACAAUGGAAUAGGCUUGCUGCGUGAGAGGCUGGGUACUUGCGUUCUAGGGAAAUGGUUUUUUGGGCUGCUAGAAUUGCAAUAAAUAGCCUCGCUGCUUCAAAGCCUGGCUGCUUGCUAUCUAGUGGGAUCUUUGGUUGGUCAGCUUCAAUAGUACAGAGUAGUAUUGCUGCUUAAAAGCCUGGCAGCCUUCUACCAGGGUUAAUCCUUUGUUGAUCUGAUUGAAUUGCACUGAAUAGCCUUGCAGCUUCAAUGCCUGGCUGUGUUAUAGCUAGGGGAAUCCUUGUUUGGUGAGCUGGAGUAGCACCCUCAAUCAAAGAGCCGCUUUGAAGCCUGGCUACUUCCUUUGUAGGGCUAUCAUUGUUUGGCCAGUUUGAAUUGCACUGAAUAGUCUUGCAGCUUAAAAGCCUGGCUGCUUUCUACCUUGUGGAAUCCUUGCUUGCCCAGGUUGGAUAGCAAUUAAUAGUCUUGGUAUGAAUGCUGCAAUUAGUCACCUUGAUUAGCAUUUAAUGGCCUUGUAGCUUCAAAGCCUGGAUACUUCCUGCCUGGGAGAAUCCUUUGUUGGGAGGUGUUAGCUGGCCCUGAUUGUUUCCUGUCUGGAAUUUCCGUUUUCAGAGUGUUGCUCUUUAUUUACCGUCCUGAUUUUAGAGAUUAUAUUGUUGUGUAUUAUUAUACCACAGUAAAUAUUAUAUAUUAUAUUUAUAAUCUUAUAUCAUCUGCUUAGAACUGGAUUAUAUGAGGCCCCUUCUACACAGCUGUAUAAAAUCCACACUGAACUGGGCUAAAUGGCAGUGUGGACUCAAGAUAAUCCAGUUCAAAGCAGAUACUGUGGAUUAUGUGCCUUGGCAUUCUGGUUUAUAUGGCUGUGUGGGAGGGACUUGAGUCUACACUGCCAUAUAACCCAGUUCAAAUCAGAUAAUCUGUAUUUUAUAGGCAGUGUGGAUGAGUCUAAGUGCACUCUGCUUGUGCCCUGGGCGCCAUUUUGGCUGAGGGAAUUGCUAGGAUAUGAAGUGGGCGGGGCCUAAAGGGGCGGGGCCUACCGUUCUGAACUGUUUCUAAAAGGGGGAAAAACUGCUCUUUCUUGUCCUCUAAUUUGGGCUUUAUUUUUCUAGUUUUUUUGCUUGAAAGACAUAGACUGGAUGACUUAAGUCUUUUGUCGCCAAAUUUGGUGUGAUUUGGUUCAGUGGUUUUUCUGUUUACUCCAUAGUAAAACAGCACAUUACAUUUUUAUAUAUAUAGAUAAGGAGGCGAUAAAGACAUUGUGUUCUCAGAAUAAUAGAGAAUAAUUAAUGUUAGAUUAUUUUCUUUAAUAAGCAAUUUGUUUGGUAAAGUUCCUACAUACUCAAGAUAUUCUCAAGGUACACAGAAGCCUGUAAACUGGAAAGAAAAUACUCAAAAUGUUUUGCAAGGACCUCCAGCUUUUCAAGUAUUGAGGAUAUAGGUACAAGAAAAUACUUAGGCAAGGAAUUUGUUCUGUUGUCUCCAGAGGGGAUGUCCAGGUGAAACAUAAAAUACACACCAUCUUCUUAUUAGAUAUUAGAAGCAGCAUGGCCUCCUUAAUAAUUUUGCCACUAAAAUCCUGACCUCCUUUUCUCUCAGAAAUUGAGCAGAUGGUGAAGAUCUAUUGAAUUUAGGAAGGAAUGUUAUGGCGAGUGUUGAUAAAAAAAGGGGGGGGGGGAUAAGCCACAGGCCUUAUCUCAUGUGCCAUUGUAUUCCCAGAGAAGUCCUUUUUUUAAAACAACCAAACUAGAAGUCAUUUCCAGUUAUCUCCUGUGUUGAAAAGGGACUCUUAUGAGUCUAAAAUGGCUAAGCAUUACCUGAAAACAGCAAAAAUGCCUGACCACAGCCCCUAGGGUAUGUUGGGACAUUAAGGGGCUACAAGUCUCCUGGGGGCUAAUGUAGCCCUUUAGCCUUCCAUAGUUGUCUGCCUCAGUUACACACUAUUUUUGCAGUUUGUAUCCUAUAUCUUCUAACAUAAAUUUAUGUUCCUAGGCAGCUAACAAAGUAAGAAGCAAUAAAGGUACAAUCAGGACAAAUAAUUGUAGCAAGCAUUCACACUAACUUGUUUUUAAAAAUACUUCAAUGGGUUAUCAAUACUCAACAAAAUAAAUUAACAAAUAAAAUGUAAUCAGCUGAUUAUUGAGCAAUCAGUUUGACUUGCCAGUGUUUGCUCCUAUCUUUCAAAAUGUGACAAAGGUAACCAACACUUAGAAAAACAUGCAAUUCCCUAGUUUUUAUAAAUUGAGAGCUCUGUACAAUCUAAGGGACAGUGUUUAAUAUAAAACGUACACAUCAAAUAGAAUUUGUAAAAUAAGUGUUUGCUGUAAACUCAAAUAACAAUGAUGGAAGUUGAUGAAUUUGAUUUUUAUGGUUAAGUAUUUGCCAUGGAUCAUAUGUUAAUAUUGACACACACACACACACAUAUACAUACCACUGAGGUAUUUUGAUAAACUCCAGUUUCCAGGACUGUUGUUGGUUUGUGGAAGAAGCAUAUGAUAGGUUUCUUAUUUUGUCUCCAACAUUAUGGAAUGGAGCAGUGUUGUGGAACUCAUAUCUGCUUAUGAGAUAGUGUGAGGCCUAAGUGCUAAACAAUAUUAGCACUGCUUGAAUCUAGUAAGACAGCCUUAUGGAACAUGGGAGAUGAUAAGCUCUACCUUACGUUUUUGUUUGAAUUUCAUUGGUAUUGUUGAUGUUUUUUCUUAGUCACUUUGUUUUAUGCAAGGAAUACACCUGGUCUGUUCGCCCAUUCCCUUUACAUUUGGUACUUCAUCUCUGCUUGUUUUAUUGUCUUUCUCUUCAACUGUUGUUCUUCAUUCCUUCCUCUUCACUGUUUUUGCCCUUCUCCUGUUGCUUAUUGUCCUCUUAUGUCUUACAUUUGAUACCUUUGCAGGAGAAGAUCUGAUCCAUUGAAGGGUCACUUCCUGAUUGACAGCUCACUCUUAGUUCUAAUGCUACACAAGCUUAAGAGAGAGAAAGAAGUUAAUAUAUUGUUAUGUUGGGUCUGUCAUAUUGCAUUGUAGAUACUUCAUAAUGUAUGAGUUCAGUUUACACAAGGUAGGGUGAAGAUUUCCUUCUUGAACAUCAUCAUUUUCCAAAGGAAUUUGCCUAGUUAUGUCCCCUGGAGUCCAAAAACACUUGUACAUGAAUAUAUGAACCACUCUUGAAGAGCAAUGCAAAAUAAAUGUAAUCUUUCAUGGACUCUGGUGGGCAUAUAGCUUUUGCUUUAGAUCAGGGAUUAUCAACCUGUGGAUUCCCAGAUGUUUUGACCUUCAACUCCCAGAAAUCCUAACAGCUGGUAAACUGGCUGGGAUUUCUGAAGGUUGUAGGCCAAAACACCUGGGGACCCACAGGUUGAGAACCACUGCUUUAAACAAUCAAUUUGCACUUGUUUUAGGAAGCACUUUGAACUACUGUCAUCUACUGGAAAGGCUAAAAAAGUAUAGGACAUGAGAACUGUUUUCUCUGCUUCAUGACUUUGGGGCACAUUUAUUUUCUAGAAUUAGCCCUUGAAGAUUAAAAGCUACACAUUAUACAGAAUACAGGGUUUGUACAGAAUUAUACAGAAUACAGGGUUUGUACUGGAUUCUUGUAACCUUUUGGUAUUGAGUGGGUGACAUUCCUGGUGACUUUCUGUAGUGGGUAUGCCACACAUAAGUGGAAUUCUUUUUCUAUUUUACCUGGAACAUAACAGUGACGGAGCAGAUGACAGCAAAAGUCAUGUGUAGCAAAGUGGCAGCUUUAAUUCCUGACAGAAAUGUCAUUUGCUGCUAUUUUUCCUGGUGUCUUUGGGCUUCAACCCCUUUUCUUCUACUGCUGCUGUACCUCCUCUUACUUUAGCAUAGUUCCAUUGACAAGAAGGAUCUUUGCAAGCACCUCUUCCCUCUUUUCAGAACUGGCAUCAACAGCUUGCAUCCUUGGUCUGAUUUCUGCCUCAGAUUCCUAUUUUAAAGAACAAAUGUAUUGUCUGCAGUGCCUACCAGUGUUGUUUGGCUGGGCCUAGCUGCCAUAUUAGUUUCCUUCAGUGUUUCGCAAAGACAGCAUCACUCAGGUGGGGCAGUUAAAAUGGCUAGAGUGAGUAGGUGCUGCUGCUGCUUGUAGCUCUGCUGCCUGGUACUAUUAGACAAACCUAAGUGGGUCUUCUGAUUGAGGAGACAGCACUGCCUUUCUCGGGCCUCUUGGACCUGAAGCCAGUCCUACCUCUUGAUGUGAAGAGGAAUCAAGCACUUCCCUCUGAUUUCCCAUGUGCCAGGCUUAAGCCUCAGAGGCCCCUGUAAUGGCAGAACACACUUCUUAAAAUGUCCAAGAGUCUAAGCCUGGACAUUACAAAAGGCAUGAUAAAAAUGUUCAAUAUUUGAUGAGCGGAAUGUCUGCAUCUUUACUUCAAGGUAUAAGUCGCAUUAGGAAAUCCAGAAGAGUAAAAUAUAUGCUGCUUCUGAGAGUGCCAUUUUACUUUGCUGCUUAGAGUAUUGUUGGGGUUUUGUCUAUGAACAUGGCGAUUCAAUGGCAGAGUACCACAUCUAUGCUUUCUUAGUGUUCACUGAGUGGCAUCUUCUCAUGUUUCAAGAAAAUAUUCUUAGUUUUUUCUGCUGCUCAGAUACCUGUUAUGAAACACUACUUCUAAUUCUUGCGUUUUGCGACGGCGGGAUGACUUCAGUCCUACUAGUCCAAAUUUAAUUUAUAUUCUAAGUUAACAAUAAUGGUUUGCAAGCAAGUGGAAUUUUUUUUAGGAGAAAGAGUGUGCUUUAAAACUUAAUUAAAAAGAAAUACUGUGGAACUUUCCUCCUCUUGCCUCCUUUUUCUGUUAGGAAGAACAUCUUGAAAUUAAUCAAUCCUCUUUGAUUAUUUUAAUACCCUUUGCACUACCUGCCAUAGCCAUGUGACCCCCUUACCAUGAAAUGUGUGCCAUCUGGGAACAAAACAGCACUUACAAUCCAAAUUUCUCUCAAUGUGCCGAAUGCAAAUAUCCUGGUGACUUAGGAAGCCCAAGGAUUAGUGAUGUAUAAGAUGAGAAAAAGUCUUGAAAUGCUAUCAGGGAAGGAAGGUAGGAAUAUCAAUGAGAGGAGAAAUCUUGUUGAAAGAGAAAGGAAAGAUAUGUUGAGUUGCAUUCCAAUUAGGUUAGCUGCACCUAAGGUAGUCUUGAAAUUAUUGUACAAAAGUUGGUGAUGGCAAACUUAAAGUUUAAUUGAUUUCACUGGGACCUACCACUUUGGACUAAUCCUAAUCCAAUUAUUGUAAAUUGUCUAGUAUGUAUUUAUUUGAUGAAAUUGAGGAUGCAAUAAAAAUGUUAAUCGCAAUCAAAUAAACAUUUUCCAAAACCA